CAGCAGAGCCUCAGACACGAGCCAAGGAAGAGUCGCUCAAGCAGAGACUAACUGAGCUGAGACGCUCUGAUCUUCAUCAUGAAGCAUUCACAGACUUUCUGCUUCAAGUGGAACGCUGUGAUUCUGUGCUCUGUGAGUCUGAUGAUUAACGGUGCAGAUAAGCAGCACUAAAGCCAAUAAGAGAGCGACCGGCGUCAUGGAGGAGAACGAGGAAGUGCAGAGAGACUGGAAAUCACUGGAGCCGAAUCACGAGGUGAAGAUCUUCCUCACGGUGCUGUACAGCCUCAUCCUCAUCCUCGGCAUCCUGGGAAACAGCGUCACCAUCCACGUGUCUCAGCGGCUGCAGCGCAGCGGAUACCUGCAGAAGAGCGUGACGGAUCACAUGCUGAGUCUGGCCUGCUCUGACCUGCUGGUGCUGUUGAUCGGGAUGCCCGUGGAGCUCUACAGCGCCGUCUGGUUCCCCUUCUCGUCCUCGUCCGGCGACGCCGCCUGCAGGAUCUACAGCUUUCUGUUCGAGGCCUGCAGCUACGCCACCGUCCUCAACAUCGCCUCGCUGAGCUUCGAGCGCUACCUGGCCAUCUGCCACCCGUUCCGCUAUAAAGCGCUGUCGGGACGGCGCUCCACGGCACUGCUGCUGGGGGCCUGGAUCUGCUCGGUUGUCGUGGCUCUGCCACUGCUCGUGGCCACAGGAACCGAGGGCUUGGCCCCCGAGGGCCGGCAGGGGCCCGUACAGAACCUGACCUUCUGCACUAAUCUGAGCCAGCACUGGGUCAUGUACCGCACCAGCAUCUUCACCGCGUUCGCGCUCUAUCUGCUCGUUCUGAGCGCUGUGGCCUUCAUGUGCAGAGCCAUGAUUGCUGUUCUGCGGGCCCCGAUGGGACCCAACGAGUCCGGAGCCAGCGGAGCUGCACACAGCGUCCCCAAACACGAGAGCACCCGGCUGAAAGCGGCCCGCAAGCAGACUAUCCUCUUCCUCGGUAGGACACCGUUCUUUAUCUUGCAUGUGCGUCUGCUCUCGAGUCUCGGCUUGACUUCACAAGACUCGAUUCCUGCUGAAAAAGGCUCACCUUUACCCUGA